AUGCUGUUGGAGCGGGUCGAGGGCGGGCGCCACGUCGGCGCCGGGGACCUGGCGGCCUGCUCGGCCGCGCUCUGCAGGCUGCACGCCAUGGGGAUCCUGCACGACGACACCAGCCGGCACAACUUCCUGCUGGACGUUGAGAUGGAUGGCCUGAUGGCGCAGUUAGAGGAGGAGAUGGGCCGCGGGUCGAAGCUGACGUGCUGA